AUGGUGGAUGUUGAAGCUUUUGGGUGGAGUGGCUAUUGUACUGCAUCAAGCAAGGCUUGUUGCCCCGCCCAACUUCGCCAUUUGUGUCCUACACCACCUGUAGGAGCCGUAACAGUCCCUGACCUAGCUCAAGUUUCAUCUGUCACCAUCCUUUCUUCCUACUUGUGUGUGGUUGUCUGA